AAUCUCAUGUUAUUUCUUAUGUCUUUCAUCGCUGUUAUUAGGACACAGUCAACAACGGUCAACUCAGCAGAACCACGUGUCAUUAAUAAAGAAAAAAAAAAAUCAGCAUUAAUUUGAUUGCUGUUACAUUUGUAUUUCUACAAGAUGAACACGCGUAGGAGCUUACCUAACAUUUUAAUAUGUGGCCCACCUGGCGUAGGCAAGAGCACAUUGGCGAAUUUGUUGGAGGAAGAUACUGAAUUAAACUGGAUCGACGUCAAUAAAGUAGCUAUUGAUACUGGAUGUAUAAGCGAGUAUGACGAAGAGUUACAAUGCAGCAUAUUGGACGGAAACACGUUAGUGAAACUUAUGGAGGAUUUGAUUAGAGAAGGAGGACAAAUCGUGGACUAUCACAGUGCCAACUUGUUUCCUCUAAGUUGGUUUGACGCUGUGGUUAUACUUAAAGCAAACAAUGCUACUUUAGACAACCGUCUACAUAAAAGACGGAAGAUAGAAAGAAAAGCCAAGAACAAACCGGACAACAAUGUAGGAGCUGAAAAUUUUGUAAUUGUUAUCCCAGAAAUAGAAGACUUAUUUGACCCAGAUAUAGUGCUUGAACUAACAAACAAUGUUCCAGAAGACAUGCCAAUUAAUAUAGAUAAAAUACUUGAAUGGAUGAAGGAAUGGAAAGAAGAUAAUAUGCAAAAAUAA